ACAUCCACACCUUUAAGGACCUGCGCGUCUUUGUACUGUGGCCUGCGCCGGGAUUCGAACCUGCAACCUUCUUGCGUCCAGCACCCAGUAGCUACACAGCAUCAUCAUCAUCAGGUCCGGAUAUUAACGCUAAAUAAAGCAGAACUUUCCCAUGAGGCCAUUGGAUGCGCGCAAACCUUGGCAGAAAAACAGCCGCGGUUGCUAGGCGACCACAUAAGUACCUCCACGAGCGGCGGGUCCUCGGUGUCACAGGUGCGAUGCUGCCUUCAGUUCACCAGCCUCCGAGCCCGUCUCGGCCAAUCAGAGCCGAGAGCCGCCCACCCUCCGCACGGCUCCCCUCCGCCCAGGCACGGCUCUAAUUGGCUGAUGCGCAAAUCAAUUUCCCCCAAUCCGCUACUCUCUCUGAAUAAAUACUUGUUGGAAAUCUGCCCUCCCACUGAUAUCCAUGUAAUGCUCGGCGUAGUGUCACUCACUGAUCACACACAGGGGCUGCAUUUAAGCCUUGGAGAGCUUGGAGGGGGCAGAGGCAGAGGCUGAGGCUGAUGCAGCUUUAAAGGCAGGAAAAUCUGAAAACUCCCCAAAAAACUGUCACCAUGAGUCUCAACUACGCGUCAGCGGCGCCCACGCAGAGGUCCACGUCCUUCUUCAUCGAGGACAUCUUAUUGCACAAACCCAAGCCGCUCAGAGAGGUCAUCCCCUCGCCGUUCUGCAGCACCCUGGCCUCCAGGAUGCCCAUCCUCGAGUACGGAUACCCGCUGAUGCCGACCCCGAUACUGGCGCCGCAUCCGCACCAUCCUCUGCACAAGCCGGAGCACCACCAGUACUUCUUCACGUCUGGGAUGCAGAUGCCGGCUCUCUUCCAGCAUCACGCGGAGUUACCGGGGAAGCACUGCAGACGCCGGAAGGCCCGGACGGUUUUCUCCGACUCGCAGCUGUCCGGCCUGGAGAAGAGGUUCGAGAUCCAGCGGUACCUGUCCACGCCGGAGAGAGUGGAGCUGGCCACGGCGCUCAGCCUGUCCGAGACACAGGUGAAGACGUGGUUCCAGAACCGGCGGAUGAAGCACAAGAAGCAGCUGAGGAAAGCGCAGGACGAGCGGAAGACGCCCGGGGGAGGAGGAGAGCUGGAGCGAUCCGCGGACAACUCGAGCGAGAGCGAACUGAACGAGAAGAGCGGCGAGGAGCUGAAGCUGGACCGGCUGGAGCCGGACUCGUACAUGCUGGAGGAGAACGACGACGACGACGAGGAUGACGACGAUGUGGAUAUCGAGGAGGACAUUUGCUCCCCGGAUCAUCUACUAUAGUAGGCUGCAGCAGCACUGUAAAUACUCUGCACAGACUCUCUGCCUCGUUACAAAUAUAAAUAUAAGUUACUGUUAAAAUAAUGAGGAUGGUUUAAUAUUUAUUCAAACAUGCAAAAUGGGCCCAUUGAUUUUUUUUUUUACAGUUGCCUCUAUGUAUAUGACAAUAUAUCACGCUAUUAUUAUUAUUACUACUAUCAUUAUAAUUAUUGUUAUGACUUAAAGUCAUUUGUUUGAUUAAAAAUGUCACAUUUCUUUAAUUCCAGACGUAAAUCUGUAAAUAUGAGAAAUAACCACGCGUCAUGCUGCCCCAUCCUUUUGCACUUUUAUCCUACAUUUCCCAUAAUUCUCUUUUUUUAUCGUUAUAAUAUUUUUUGUUCUUCUUCUAAUAUUUGAUUUGCAGUUUGUGCAUAAUUGUUGCAUUUUUUUGCAAGUUUUUGAUUGGAGACACUGCGCUUCAGUGACUUGCAUUUCUAUUUUUUUGUCUGUAAAUAUAUAUAUAGUAUAUAAAUAAUGACUCGGUUCUCGGUUUGUUCCGUUACGUUGGUCUGAGUGGAGGAUACUGGAUCCACAUGAUCCGGUUCUGACGGUCAGACGUUCAAGUGGGUUCAAACGGCUCUUUGCUCAGUUGUUGUAAGCGCUUUCAUUAGGACGCAGCCUCCGCAGCGUGCAGCUCGGCGCAUGAAUGCGAGGCUGCUGGCUCUCUGCUGGGCUCCCUGCACGGUGGGGUGUGCAACCCGCGGUGCUUUAAGCCAACAAACAGGAGUGCAAAACACAGACAGCAAGACGGUGCAAACAGUCAGCAGCUGCUAAACGUUUGCACCAGACUGCCUGUUGGAAAAAAGACGAUUUAACCAAGUCCCUCUAUCAGGAGGCUUCUGGUGAAAUUCUGCUUGGUUGAGAAUGGAUUUUUUUUUAAUGAUCUGAUAUGAAAAAAUCUGAUUUUUCUAAUAUUUCUGUGGAACAUGCAUGCAGGUCUUUCACAGAGGUAAAGGCUUGAUGGAUGCAAUUUGAUGUUGUCAAGAAAAUCAAUCAGUGAACAGUCGGAUGGAAAUAUUGUGCAGCACAUGAAAUGCUUCAUUUUCCUAAAUAAAAUGAACUGAAAACAAA